AAUUCUUAUUAUUAUUAUUAUUUUGCCGACAAGCUGGGCCUUUUGGGCUCUUGGGUAUCAAGCCUUGUGUUGGCUGUAAUAGAAUAAGCUUCAAUUGGAAACGCCAGAGCUCCAUCACCGGAACAAGACCCAGGCAGGUGUCGCAGUACGCGGAGAAAGGACGCUAUAUAAAUAUAUUUGUCCCCGAUGCUCUCUAUUUCAGCCACUCGUAUAUUCUUCCUCCGCUCAACAACUAUAAGAUUAUCUUCUUCUUCUUCUUCUCUUCAAUUCUUCUCCAAUCCCAACCGCACCCUCUUCCGUCCCUUUCUUCACACUUCCUUCAAACCACUUCCUUCGUCUUUCUCUUUCCGAACAGAUCACACUAUGGCCACCUCAAACGCCAAAUCAGUCCAUGAUUUCACCGUUAAAGAUGCCAAGGGAAAUGAUAUUAACCUUGGUGACUACAAAGGAAAGGUCCUUAUCAUUGUCAAUGUUGCCUCACAAUGUGGCUUGACUAAUUCAAAUUACACUGAGCUCAGUCAGUUGUAUGAGAAAUACAAACAGAAAGGUCUGGAAAUUCUGGCGUUCCCAUGCAAUCAGUUUGGGGCACAGGAGCCUGGAUCUAAUGAACAGAUACAAGAGUUUGUUUGUACUCGCUUCAAGGCUGAGUUUCCCGUUUUUGACAAGGUUGAUGUGAAUGGUGACAAGGCUGCUCCACUGUACAAAUAUCUAAAAUCAAGCAAAGGUGGACUCCUUGGGGAUGGCAUCAAAUGGAACUUCGCCAAGUUCCUUGUUGAUAAAGAGGGGAAUGUUGUUGAUCGCUAUGCACCCACAACUUCUCCUCUGAGCAUUGAGAAGGACUUGCUGAAGUUGUUGGAUGCAUGAAGUUAUGAAUGUUUGGAGUUGCCAAUAAAUAAACUAUGAAUAAGAAAUGUACUGCAGAUGCUGCUGCAAUUUCCUGUGUGCCUUAUAUGUACCGAAACAGUUGCUCUUGUAGCUUUGACAUUAGAUUCAUAACCAUGAGAUUGUGUACUUAUUAUUGUGUGAAUGUAAAGUUAAGCUUCCUUUA